CUGUAAGCGUGAAUCGCGUUAAGUGCUGCACUCCCCGGAGCCCCCCAAGCCGACCCCGCGGACAGCCCCCGCCAUUGAUGCUCCGAUGGCGCCUCCGAAGUACCCCGCCAAGAUUACGCUGGUCGCUAUCGGCGUGGGGACGACAGCGCGCCCUUCGAUAACAUAUUCUUCUUCCCCCGUGGACGAACUGUAUACGAACUGCCAUAUUUAUUCUAACAUUACACAGACGAUAAAAAGGCAGCCACUUCUAACCCUCAGCGUAUCUAACCCUUGAUUUGAAAGACCAAACUCCGCGCCAGUCUUCAGUGGCGCGCAAACAGAUAUACUCACAAAAUGGUCACCUCGGACGCAACCAAGGAUCUCUGCUUGGCUUCUCUACUCAUUCAUGCUGACGAUGGCAUCUCCUCUCACCGUGCUGUCGCUCCGGCUAUGCACGUCUCUACCACAUUCAGAUACAAUGACGACCCCGAUAAGCUUGUUGUGCAAGAGAACAUCGAUGAAAAUGCGCCGUUAGACUCCCAUGUAUAUUCGCGCCUGACAAACUCCAAUACAACCCGGUUUGAGGCUCUGCUGGAAUCCCUUCUCGGUGGCCAGACUGUUGCCUAUGGAUCUGGGCUCUCUGCCUUCCACGCCAUGAUGGUCCAUCUCAAUCCUAAGCGCAUUUCCAUCACUGAAGGAUAUCAUGGCUGCCAUGGAAUCAUUGGUAUCCUGAAUAGACUCAACGGAUUACAGAAGCUUCCUCUCGACUGCGACGAGUCGGAGCUGCAGGCCGGAGAUGUCAUCCAUGUCGAAACGCCACUGAACCCGACUGGUGAGGCGCGAGACCUGGCCUACUACGCAGCCAAGGCCCGUCGGGUUGGUGCAUAUCUUACGGUUGAUGCUACAUUUGCGCCACCACCUCUGCAAGAUCCCCUAGCAUAUGAUGCGGACGUGAUUAUGCACAGCGGAACCAAGUAUUUUGGUGGUCAUUCGGACAUGCUCUGUGGCACGCUCACCAUCAAUCCGAAGCAUAAGGAUUGGAAACCUCGACUCAUUGUGGACCGGUUGCUCUUGGGCUCCGUUAUGGGGAGUUUUGAAGGGUGGCUUGGCCUUCGCUCUAUCCGAACUCUUGAGCUUCGCCUUAUACGCCAGAGCACAACUGCAACGGCUGUUGUAGAGUGGCUAGCGAAGAGCGUUGAGGAUGUAUCCUCGGCUGCUGCUGCUACAGUUGAGCGUAUACAGCAUGCCAGUCUCCAACCGGAAGCAAAAGAUGAGAGCAGCUGGCUGCGUAAGCAGAUGCCCAAUGGUUGGGGGCCUGUGUUUGCCAUCUGGAUGAAGACGGAGGAUAUGGCGAGGAAGCUUCCAAGCAAACUGGGUCUUUUUCAGCAUGCGACCAGUUUGGGGGGUGUGGAGAGCUUAAUUGAAUGGCGCGCCAUGUCAGAUGACUCGAUUGAUAGAAGAGUCCUACGAGUGAGCAUUGGUCUGGAGGGGGUAGAGGAUCUGAAGAGAGACUUUGAACAGGCGUUCGCAUCCCUGCAGGGAGAAGUCUCGGAGCGAGAAGUCAUUAAUUGCACUCUAAAUAAGAAAUAAUGAAUCAAGGAUUUUUUGCUCUGCUCUUGAG